UCUGUCGGCCGAUCUGCGAGUGCUACAAUCAUUUCGAAACUUUCUACGGAGUGCAUAGUAUUGCCCCCCAAUCGCGUUCACGCCACUCUUGAACCUAUCGUGCAAGUUUACAGUGCGAACAGAGUCCGAUGUAGAUACUAGAUAGUGAUUCUUGCGUUGUUUAUUGCACUAUAACUAUCCAAUCCACCAGUCAGACCAGAUUUUGAGUUUUCUUAUAUGAUCAAGUUUUAUAACGCCGAGAAAAAGAGAAAAGGGGAAAAGUGAGAAAAUCCCAAUAAUCAAAUUUAGUAUCUGACUAGAGUGCGUAGCCGAUAGUCCGGAAUGUUCCCAGAUUUCGAGAUCACUUGACAUCACUGCGCGAUCGAUUCUUAUAAAUUUUCAGAUUCACUUGAUCAAACGCUGGCGCCUCGCACGUAAAGUCCAAGUGGAAUGUUUUGUGGAUGUUUUGGGAAGAAUUCUCGAAUAUCCUAUCAGCUACCACGCAUGUCAGGAGUUCAGUUUGAUACGAGAUUUGUUUGAUGUUAGUGCGUCUGAUCGUGGCUGUGUUGUGUCGGCCUCAGCUCCAAGGCAGUUUCCGUGGUUGCAACCAGCUUCGAUAGUAGCAUCUCGGUCGCUCAGAACCUGGACGUACGCUUAACAUCGAUUCGAAUGACAAAUUGAAAAAUGUAUCUGUUCCACUGACCAACAUCAACACUGGAAGAACUGAGCUUUGAGUUCCAGAAGAUAACAAAUCUGAUUGCGAUCGGUCAAACUGAAAAAUAAAUCCAGAAACCUGAAAGUUAUCGUAUUGCGAGUAUUCAUUGCCGCUUUAUCGCAAUCAGUUGGGUAGCUUAGAAUUCCUUGACCACCCCUGAACGAACCAAUAAAUCAACACCUUCAAUAUCCCAUUCAAUUGCUUGCUCCCAAUCAGCCCAGUAUCAACAAGUGAUAGCAAUUCAGCGAUCUUAUCUGCGCGAGUACAUAAGAGCGAGGAAAAGAUACUAGAAUUUCUAGCAUCGCCGGAUCUCGGGCCGCGGCGGGGGCGAUCUUGUUCGCGCGCAUCUCAUCUAAAGUUUGAAGUGUUUGAAUCAAAUUUCGUGUGUGCCCUGUACGUUGAGAAAGCGAAUGUGCUCCAAGAGUUGAAAUAAAAAAAUUAGCAAAGUUUACAUAUGUUCAGCCCCAAUUGGUGUCAGUGUAUGCAUGAUACAAUAAUAAGCUGCAGUUAUCUCCCAUUUUUCACUUGGCCCAGGAAAGCGGUUCGCAGCGGCCACGCUCCGCGUAUCUAUGAUAAGUUAUGUAUGUAGCAGUUACGUGUGAACUGUGAAUUUAAUAUUUACCAAUAAAAUUUAUCAUUUUGAACCACCGCGUUGCCUCCCAAUACAGCCCAGCAAAAAGUAUCAUCUGUAAGUCUCCUGGCCCCUGGCAGAAUAUCUUCGCAACGUCCAAUUGAUAACUAGUCAAAGGCUUGUAAUUGAACAUACACGAACUCCAAAGAAGAAGGAACUGUUUACCUGAGAUUUCAAACUUGUCACUCAAAGAAACGAAAUUGGGCCAACAGUACUCUAUGCCAAGGACAACUCACGUAUUAUCAAACGAUUGGAUAAAUCAAUUCCAGCCUCGAAAUUAAGUUCACUUUAAGAGGACAUCGUUUUGAAACCAAAAUUCCAUAGAAAUAUUCAAUGAUGAAUGAAUUGCUAAACUACAAUUGCUGGUGAAUUGCCUGACUCCAUGUCCUGACGUCAUCCUUAGCAGUCUCACAUCAUCUUUCCACUGCAGUCCAUAUAUCUACAGCACAUAUAUGUAUAAAGAUACCGAUUCCCAUUCUCUAGAUAUUGAUGAGGAGCUUCAACUAGUUGUUGAAGUUGGGCACAUUGCCUCGCAUAUACGUCUCCUGGAGCAGAGAUACCCCAGUUGCUUCGCCAAGCUCGAAAAUCUAGACGACUCUGAGAACGAAGACCAAAAAGUUGACCGCCGAAAGGACAGUGGUGGCGGUCAAGGAGGCCUCGGUACAGUAGUUGAAUGCAAGGCGAGUGGUAGUAGUGGCGGUUGUAAGGGCAAUUCUGAAACUCGUUGCUUGCGAUCUAGUGCUGAUGUCAAACGUAGACAGUUAAUUGAAGAUCUACUAAUUCGAAUUUAUGAGGAGCACAAACGUAUUAAGGACAAUCAAUCGACGCGAGCGGAUUUCUUUAGAAUGAACAACACCAGUAGCAUUCAAGAGAAGAAUAAUGACGAAAUCAUUGGUGAAACCUCUUCAACAGCAGCAACUGCGACGGCAUUACCGGCACCAGCUGAUAGUCAACAUGGUCAACUCGGUGAAGGCAGUGAGCAACAAGUGAAAAACGAUUUGAAAAGUGUUGGUGAAUCGGAAAGUGGAAUUGGUGAAGCGAAAAGUGAUAGCACUGAGAAGCCAAAUGGUGUUGGUGAAGUUUCGUUGCGUUCGCGGGUGGUGAUUGGAUCGAAUAGUGCUAAUAGUUUUGAUUCGGUGAUACCAGCGGUUACUACAGCGGUAACUUCAGCGUAUAGCUCGUCUACAUUUCUUACAACGGUCAGCACGAGCUACUUGAAUCAACUGGCAACGGCUUUUAAGCUGUGCGACGAGGACCUUCGAUCGAUUGUUAAGGAUUUGAAGCGGAAAGUUGAAUAUUCAGAGAAAAUGAAUUGGAUGUGCCUGUCGCGACGUCCUGAAACACCACCUCACCGUAAAAGUAGUCUACCAAAGCAUUCAGAAGUGAAGAAACGCUUCCUGGAAAUAUGUGAUAAUACAUUACCCGAUGAAAUCAAGGCGGCCCUCCGUUUGCCCGCUUUCGAUUCAUACGAAUGGGAUGACGCGGAUGUUAUACAUCUGAUGCAAACCAUGUUCAUGGAGCUGGGACUAAUUGAUAAAUUUAAUAUCCCCAUUGAGACGUUGCGGGAGUGGCUUUACGAGGUCUAUAAACAUUACAAUGAAGUACCGUUCCAUAACUUUCGACAUUGCUUUUGUGUGGCACAAAUGAUGUACGCAAUAACACAACAAGCAAAUCUCAUUGAAAGUCUUGGCGAAUUAGAAGUCCUUAUUUUAUUAGUUUCCUGUAUAUGUCACGACUUGGAUCAUCCCGGCUAUAAUAAUAUUUAUCAAAUUAAUGCACGUACGGAAUUGGCACUAAGAUACAAUGACAUUUCUCCUCUAGAAAAUCAUCAUUGUUCAAUCGCAUUUCGUCUUCUCGAGCAUCCGGACUGUAAUAUUUUUAGAAAUUUCAAUAGAGAAACUUUUAAUUUCAUACGCGAGGGCAUCAUAAGGUGCAUAUUGGCAACGGAUAUGGCUCGGCAUAAUGAGAUACUCACCCAGUUCAAGGAAGUCGUUCCUAUUUUCGAUUAUUCGAAUCGAUCCCAUGUCAAUUUGCUUUGUAUGGUACUCAUAAAAGUUGCUGACAUAUCGAACGAGGCUCGUCCUAUGGACGUGGCUGAACCAUGGCUAGAUCGACUUCUCCAAGAGUUCUUUGCACAAAGUGCAGCCGAAAAAUCCGAGGGGCUUCCAGUCACACCAUUCAUGGAUCCCGACAAAGUUAGUAAGCCCGGAAGUCAAGUACGAUUCAUUGGACUGGUUUUACUACCCCUCUUCGAAGCCCUGGGGGAGCUUCUGCCGGAUCUGAUUGAUUUAAUCAUAAUCCCCGUUCGCGUUGCACUCGACUAUUAUAAGAAACUAAAUGAUGCACAAACCAGAUCGCGUAAGUCAUUAGCAGAAAACACAGAAAACAGUUCGGAUGGAGGAGGAUCACCAUCACUGCCUAGAUCACAGUCUGGAAUAAGUGUCCGAUCACGACGAAGUAUCCCAUCGCAGAAGUCAGCGUCUCGGACAUCUGUAGAUGAGCCUACAUGCUUAGCGGCCGAAUUACAUGACCUACCAGAGGGUAGCGAAAGCGGAGACUCUGAAACGGCUACUGAAGUUGAUGUUGCUGAAAAAACCUCGAAAUUCAAAGUCGACACGGAAUGUUGCAACCGUUCCAAAUCCUCGCAUUCGGCAUCACGCAAAUCCAGCCGCGAAAAACGUCCCUCCAUGAUUAGUGAGAUGUGCAGUUCCGGCAGUGGUCGUAUGCGGAACUCAUAUGGAAACAUACAUGGCUACCAUACGAAUCGCUGCCACUUUGGAUCAAAUCGUGCAGUUAUCUCCGAUAGUAAUGUGUUCUAUAAUCGACAUGUUCGUUGCUCAGAGAACGAUGUGGUGCCAGGAUGCGGGCCUUGUUCCGGCGGAGUAAUUAAUAAUGCCAACAUGGCAGCCAAUGACAAACCAAAGAUGCCGGAAGGAUCAGCGCUAGCUUCGAUUUUAAGUGGUGGCGGGGGUGGCGGCAAUGGUGUCGCCUAUGGUGAUGAUACGCUUAAUAUGAAUUUGGCCAAUGCAUUGUAUGAUAGUAGUAAUAGUAAUUUACGGCAAGCAUCCGUGACAAUUCCAACCAAUAACAAGACGAGCGGAAACAAUUCUAGUAACGGCGGGAAUGGGAGUUGCUCUCAGAACGGAACCUCAAAAUCGUGGAAGCAACGAUUCAAGCAGAUUACGGAAAUGUUCUCGUUUGGUUUCGAGAAAACAAAUAAACGCUUCAAUAGCGCUAGCGUGCGAAGUAGUCCUUGCUCAAUACGAAACAACAACGCCACUGGCGCCGAUCUCCAGAAGCCUGGAAUAUGCUGCACGAUAUCGAAUAACAUGUCGCCUAGUCUUCUGAAACGAAACCCGGACCUGGUUAAUUCCGGCCGAAACCGCGCCUACAGCCUGGAUGUGCCACCUCGCAACCGCUACAGUAGCAGUAGUGGUGGUGGAGACAGUCGAAAAUCAUCGCGGAACGAAGACAAUAGUAUCAACCGUCAUGACCCUUUCGCCGAGGACAAUAAUAGUAAUCACACUAGUAGCGGGGGUGGAGAUUGCUCCCUGGCACCACCCCAUAUACGGAUCGGCAGCGAUAGUACUGAGCCUAUUGCCCGUUUGGUGACUGCCGGAAACGGGGGCGGAUGUGAUGUCAGUAUCACAGGGAGCAUAACGGAUAGUCGGCCGAAAAUAUGACAACCAAGUACGGAUACGAACUCAUCGUCAACAAAUAAUAAUGGAUAUUUAGGUGGUCCUAGUCCUGGCCAAUAUGUCGUGGGGUUUGGUGGCGCUGGUGAAACACGAACGACGGCGGAAAUGGCUACAACGAGUUUUUGGUCAACACUCAGUGAUCGUUUGAGUAAUUUUGCAUGCAAAUGUUGUGAGCAGAAAUUACCAGAUCCGGAAAAUGUUUAAAAGUGGAAUUUUGUAGAUUUUGUUCGUUUAAUUUUCGAGAGGUAUUAACGUAGCUGAACAGACUUUUAUAAGAUUUAUGUUAUGAUAAACCGAAAAGAAGUAAGAGUUAUUGAGAUGAAUUCUAGUCUAUCGAAAUGUAAAGACAAGAAACUUGCGUACCGUACAUUUAACCGGAGCUAAUUUUCGCGUGCAUCCUAUGUAAUUUUAAGUUAAAAGGAACACCAAUCUGAUUAGGUCUACCCGUGUGAAAAAACGUUUUUUUCUGAAUUUUGAGUAUUUAUUUCAACUAAGAGAUAUACGAUCCAAUCAAAACAAGUAUCUGCCGUUGCUACUCAUGUUCCUCACCCAUCUUUCUGGGGAAUCUCGUGUACCUUCCUGAAAGAACUCCUUAUCUUUUGAGGUGAUCCAUUAAUCAACCCAAAUUUCCAUACCAAUUUAAGUGCUGCUCCAUAAACUUACACUGCAAUGCGUAAAAAGAUAUGUAUCUGUUAAUACGCGGAGUGGGAUAAGAUGUCCCAACUCAACAUUUCCACCGUUUUCUGAAUUAAUUUCGCAAUAUUUAAACGAGGUAUUCGGUAUUCAAUUGCUGUUUCACUUGGUUUUACAAACUCAUAAUACUUGAAACCUUUUCCAUCGCACCGAUGGACAGUGAAGCCUUCUUUCCAUGUACAUUACGUUUGGUUUCUGAUUUUGAUGAUUAACUUUGAUCAACCCCAAUCGCUUAUUAAAAUAUGUUUAUUAAAUUUGUAUUAAAAUAUAUUUAUUUUUCAGCCCCGAUAAUGGUUUGAUAGAGAGAAGGCGAAAACGAUUAACUUGUCGGUUACACAACUGGACAUUGUUAAGUUUUCACGCCAUAUACCGAUCGAUAGAUACUAACUAAGCUAUCAGAUAUCUGCAGUGCAGCAAAAAUUUCCAAACCCAUCUUGUGAAUUCAACUAUUCAUGGGGAUAAAUCUAAUAUUUGACUUCCAUUUUCGGUCAAUAGUUCCAAAUCACCAGAUGAGGAUCAUCAAUCCCAAAUAGAUAAAAGGACAAUUGGUUUUUGCAAAAUUUUAAUUGCCUCAUUGUCUUUUAAUCAUUGACAAAAAACAGCAUGAAAUAGCUAUGGCGAAGCAUCAAUAGAAAGCGAUCGAUCCAAAGCAAAACUAAAUGACAAUUUAAAAUUGCAAUCUCAAAAAAAGCCAGGAAUAAUUGGACUUAAAUGUUAUAUCAAAGAAUCGACUGAUGAAUGUAGUUUGCUUUUUUUCUGCUGACUAAUCUCAACCAUUCAAAAGGGACCACUAACGUCCGACGAUGGACUAUACGCUGAAGAGCAGUUCAUAUUCCAUUUUAUUUUCUCCAUGUCUUCCAGAAAUAUCGGUCAUUAUGUUCAUACAGAACCGAGUCUCCCAUUAUUUUCAUAGCAACACCGUAACCCACCCUGAAAUUCGUUUCAGCACAUUAAUGAAGAAAUUCCAAACGCAAAGAACUGAUUCUUGAGAAUUCGGCUGGAUGACAAAUUUUGUCGGUCAAACACAGAGAAGCAUAUUUCGAAUCAGGAGACAUGUCGCAGAUCGUAGAGAAAGAUAAUAACAAAUAGCUUCCAAUUCACAAACAUUUCCAUAUUGUCAGUAUGCCCUUCAUGAAGCAGCAUGGACAAAUCAUCGUAUAGGAAGAACCGUGUGAGCUGUUUCAGCAAUCCCUUGACUAUUGAGUAGUUUGAAAUGCGUUUUCUCUAUACCCUAUGACGUUUGACAUGGGCAGAACCAAGACUCCCUCGUCCUGGAACUUCAGAGUUGACCUGGUAAUCUAAACAUGUGGUAUCACGGAUCUCCAGGCAAGGUUCGCGAGUUUUCGCUGAAUCAGCGAAAUUAGAUAGUAUCUUACAGUACCUACCUUUUUCUUAAUUGCUUCAUCCAAUUUAGUUUGUUAUUGACAGUAGAGAUCAGAAUCAAUCGAUAAUUGUCUUCCGAUUUCACAAAGAACUGAGGAACCUACUUGAUCAUCAUUUUUGGAACUUCAGAUGGCUUCUACCAAAAUUCUUUUCACUCGAUUUUCUCAACCCCAGUGAUAAUUCACUUUGAUCAACGGCUACUUCCGAUUUAUUCCAAGAGAUGAUUAUUUAUGCAAAUUCGGUCGAGUCGAGUUUUCCUUUUCUUCAAACCAUCUGAAAUCUGCUUAUCGAGUUUCUUGACGAAUCCAGCCGAAAGUAAACUAUGCAACACAGUUUCACCAUCGAUGUUUGACUCAUCGACAUUUUCUCAAUUAUUGGCAUGUGGAUCUUCAUUCACACUAUACAGAACUUUGUCAUUUUUUGCUGUAACUUUCAGAUCAAUUUAAGGCAAAUUUUUCACAUCGAAAUUAGCAGAACAAAAUCGUUUGAACCCUUGUUGUGCUGUUUACACUUGUAGAGCACCUUGUCCAUAAACGUCAACAUUUUUCAAGUACCUGGAUAGCAUUCUACCUACCAGGAAGUAUUACUUUACAUUUUGCGACUCAAAUAACUAAUCAAAAGAUUUCCUUCACCUUUCCAACAAGUGUGCAUUCAUUAAAAGUGAAGUCAGAGAUAAUUAACUUCAAUUAUCAAAAUACAAAUAUUAUAUAAAUAAGCAAACAGCUUUCCGUCAGAUUAUUCUCUUCUUAAUUAGUUCAUUUGAACUGAGAGUAAAUAAAUAAAACAUGAUUAGGUCCUGGCGGUUUUACGCCUUGUCGGCCCGAACCCUCGGUCUUCUUUGGACACCGAUUGAUUUUAAGAUCACAAUUAUAGCCCCGCUGUGGUUAGCACAAUGGUACCGGUUUAUACCAAGUGCAAGCCAGCAUUCAUACAGGUAGAUGCAAGGCAUACCUAAAGCCUCUACCACAACUAAGCGGUACAACGCCCGAAUUAUACAGGACAGCUCCUUGCGUACGGUGUGGGCGCAGUUACCAUGAAACUCCCACAAGGGGCGAACCCCAAAUAACCGAACCGAGAACACAUCCCCCAGGAAUACUCCUAAGACAUUGCCCUCGGAGGACUAUUCCGAACCCCAUGAUAAUCUCUGGUGAAGCUUCAUGACCGUAGUCACUUCAGAUGAGUCCCAUGGGUCUGAUCGCCAUAGAUAGGCGCGCAGCAUUUGCCUACUGUAUCACAACCAGCAAGUCAAUGUGAAUACUGUGUUUCCCAGUGCCACAACUUGGAAGUUCUCCUAGAAUGCUUGAUGUUGUCUCAUCUGAGGGGGUCUACUUCGUCUGCCUCCUCGCCACUUCUAAGAACCGAAUUAAACGUGGUGGCCAAUCGGUGUCCCCAAUGAACUGAAGGCUCAAAUAUACCUUUCAAGCAGCCGCAGUUGAAGUUCGGAACAACUUUUUAUUGGAAAAUUUAUCAAUUUUGGAGAAUGAUAAUUUUGUACCGCUCUGUUCUCUUUUUUGGUUAAAUGAAUUUGUAUUUCUUGCAAAUACUCUAUUUCGAAAAUCAACUGUCCCCUUCUGGAGAGCGGCAUAUUCUUCUUCUUCCUAAACACACUAAGAAAAGAACAGUUGCUUCCCGAAAUAGAGUAUUUGCAAAGAAUAAAAAUUCCUUUCUUUUUCUCCAAAGAAAACUGCAAGUAAGUACAUGUGUUUGUCGUCAGAGAGAGAGAAAGAGAGAGUGCUACAAUUAAACAUUUCGAGCACAUAUUUUAUCACGAUUCCCAAUUGCAGAAACUAGAUGAAAGAUGGAUAGUCACGCUACCAUCUGGAUACCAAAUUCACAUCUUAUCAAAAUUGGAAUUAUCAAAUGGUUCCUUAUAAAUAUUGCUCCAUCCACCCUAUUCAUGAUUCAUGAUGAAGUACAAAUGAGACCUCUCUAAUAAAGGACAAAAAGAAAGAAAAAGGUCCUAAAAUUCUGGGAAAGAUCGAAGCUGAAUUAUUCAUGAAUAAGAAUGAAAGACUAUCUAUUUUCUAUAUUUUCGUUGUUAACCAUAUCACAUGGGUGCCUCUUAGUUCAAUAGAUAAAUUAUCAAAAUACUCGAGAAGUUCAAAGAAUAUUGAUUAUGUUUCUCAAAUGUAUUAAUUUCGUGUAUGAUUCACAAUUAAUUUAACGAGGACAUAAUAAAAAAGAAAGAUUAACAAACUCACACUUAACGUAAAUAUUAAGAAAACUGAAAGAUCUCAGCCUUCUGAGACAUGGUAAUCUCCUGUCGUUUCUCCUUUUGGUUAACGCAAUUCGAAGUGGUAAGCAGUGUCUACUUAUAUAAUAUUUAUGUGCACUCGUAUAUUCUUUCAAAAUAAAAAAUCUACUGAAAAGAUUCGACGUUUUUGGGGAGAAAACUAUUUUUCCAAAAUAGAUUGCUUCCCAGACCUCUGUAAAAUAACAAAUUAGGGUAAGAUCUUUCCGUCUGAGUGUCUGGCCAUCUUACAUUUUGCCUCUAUAAAACUAUUUCUCUCAUAAAUUGAAAGCCGUGGAACAAGUUGGAUCGACCUCAAAUCAGAAAAGUUUUUUUUAUUAGGUUGCUUGCUCUUUCGAUAAAAUUAUCUGAAAGUUCAAAAUGUUGGACUGAUAAUGUACCCACAAAUGUUAGUAUUCCGUUCGUUCAUAUGUAUUUUCUACCUUUACGUACAGCGGGAUAUGGUGUUCAAAGGCACACCUUGCCAGUUGUGCCGUUAUUCACUAAUAUGCAACCCUGCAUAGUUACUGUACAGCAUAAGAGAAAUUUAAGAUUAAGGAGAUUAAGAUUGGUUUUCAGUCCUUUGAAAGGUAGAUAAAAUAGAAUGCUACUGAAAUAUUUUUCGCAAAAAUAAAUAUAAUUUUCGUUUAUGACUAUUGCCGAACGUAUAUAUACACCAAUGUUCAACUCAAUUUACUUCAGAACCUUGCAAUCCUGGCUAAAGAUUUAUAAAUUUCUAUAAUUUUAAUUACUUUAUCAUUGACAACACACUAUUCGAGGGUAAUCUUUUAGAUGUUCAUAAUGGUAAAUAUGUCAUUAUUUUUUGAUGGUAACAUACCUUCGCGUUGUCUUGUGGCACGUUUUUGCGUCGUCUUGUCUUAGGCUCCCCUAUCUCAAUGCAGAACACUUUAAUAUUCUCUGUGUUCCUCAACAUUGAACCAUCUUGGUGUGUACACAACGGAAAUGCACAACCUGCAGUAGUAAAUUAACUUCAGACUUUUCAAAACCAAUUUCAGAAUUUUAAAUUCCAAAUUCAGAAUUUUUUCAAUACUUUAUUAUAAGGUUUUAUACCAACUUUUUACCAACACAUAAGGACGGGGCUGACAUUCUUUGAAAAAUAUCUGAGUGGCCCAUCAAUGUUCUAUCAUUAUUUGCUUUAAUGAAUCAUUGUAUUCAGCUUGGACGCUAUUAGUUGUCUCAUACCUUUCAAAAACUCAAUAUGUGCUUUUCGGAUUCAACCUUGAAAUGGCGACGGCCUCCUUAGGCUUAGGCCAAUCUUAAUUCAGUAAUUAAAUAACUUUUAAGAGAAAGGCAACUGCAGUGGAAAAUAAAGUAAUCAAAGCAGUUAAGGCUGCUCUCGACUUCUUAAGCUAGUAAGCGGGUAAGCGUUUGACAGUAAAUAGCAAAGCCACAGUUUAAACUUCUUAAUAUUCGAGAAGUCCUCUCGAUUGUCAGUUGACAUUAGGUUCUACAUGACAUGGCGGAAUUAAUUGCAAUCACAAGUAUACAACUUUAUAUCUCGAGGUCAUAAAACAAAUAGUGGAGAUUGAAGAGAUUACAUUUUUCCCAAACCAAAUACCAAACUAAUGGAUCGCUCAGAUUUUUUUAAAAGAAUCCCAGCCCCAUCCUUAUCCAAUUGUAAAAACUUUAUAGUAAAAUGUAGGAAAAAGUCUUGAUUUGAAAUUUCUGAUUUUGGAAUGGACUUAGAAAAAUCUGAAGUUAAUUUGGAAAGGUCUGAAAUUAGUUUGGAAAAUUCUGAAUUUGGUUUGGAAAAUUCUAAAUCAAACUUGCAAAACCUACAUCACUCAAUUCAUAUACUAUAAUACUUUAUUCUAUAAAGUUUAGCCGGCAUUUGGUAUUUUACCAUAAAGUCAUUGCCUUUUCUGUAUUUGUCUUGAAGUGCCUUCACAAAUAAUUCAAUUCCAGUCUUUCGGUCGAUCGUGGAAUAUAAGUAUCGGCCUUGGCGUUGAUAGCUAGACUUUGAUUUAAUUUAAAAGUCUGCCUGGAAGUGGUUGCAAAUCAAUUUUAAGCCGUUUGCCGUUUCAAGAAGAACAGAAGUUCGUAUUCCGUAUGAAUAAAAUGGCUUUUAAUUGCGCUAUGGUCAUUUCCACGUCGGAACAACAGUAUAUAAUAUAAAUAAUAAUUAUAUGUGAUAAAAUCUAUGAAUACAUAUAUGCUAGUAUUACUUCUGUUCAACUACAGGUAUCUGGUAUGUGGAGAGGUGAAACCAUUCCUUGUGCUCUUCUUUCCAAAAAAAUGGUUCUAUGGAUGACUUUCUAUCCUUCGACCCUACUUGCAAAUUAUACAUAUGGUUAAUUGGAGAGGAGUUGAAUCAUAUCAUUGUUGCUUGUAGUCGCAUAUCCAAUUUCAGCUUCACCCAAUUUCAUCAAGGUGUUUUUCCCUAUUAGAAAAGUGUCCAUUUCUUUAUCCUCGAGAAUUCUGCAGUUUUGUUAGAAUACCGAAUUAAUUUCAUUCAGUACAGAAAUAAUAAUAAUAACCGUCGGUGCUCAACACUAUUGGAUCCGGUCCUAGAAGAAUGUUAGAAUACUUCAUUCAAGACCGUAACGUUACACUACAGGAUUACAGUACCCUGUAGGAGGCAAAAGGGUCAGAGCAUGGCACUCACCCGUGAUUAUUAUCUGGAUUUGACACAGGUACUUGAUACGUCUGUGCCCACUAGUAUCCGAUACCCCGUCACGAUAUAAAACCCACUACCCUGCCAUCACUGAGAUUUGGACCGAGACCUUCCGUACGACAGCCUAACGCUCUAACCACUGAGUCAUCCAGACACCCAGUACAGAAACUUCAGCUAAAAGACAUUCCUUUAGUUCCGCAACAUUUGUAUGCCCUCAUAUGUGCUCAUAAAUAUCGUUGCCGACCGACAAUGCUUGCUACUACCUAUUGAUUCAAAGCUGAAGUACUAUGUUAUGAAAGACCUAGCAUUUUAUUGUCAAAGAUUGAAGAGUCUCUGACACACUUUCGAUCAUUAUUAUAAUAUGAUGACUUUUUUAUUUCUUUUCUUUCAUCAUGUUACACUGUGGAGCUAUUAUGGGGAUUGAAAAAUGGGCUUUAUCUACGGAAAAAAAUGAAAAGCCCAUUCUGUCCUAGAAUUACAAGAAAUAAGAAAUAAUAUCGCUCUCCGGCGAUUUGAUUCCUUACCAUGAAUGUUCACAAUGAUUUCCAUUGAACCAAUCGAUCACAACUUCCCAUCUUCAACAAGAAACAGGAUCUUCGAUCUAAUAUUUUUAUCUGUAUUGAUUUCUUCAAAUUUCUUCCUAAAAGCAAUCCAGAAUUUUCCAAACUAAUUGCAGAAAUUUCCAGGCUAACUUCAGACUUUUUCAAGUCAGUUUCAGGAUUUUCCAUUUCAAAUUCAACUUUUUCCAUUUCCAAUUAAGAAUUUUUUCAAUAUUUUACUAUAAAUCUGGGUUGCCUAUUAAUUUUCUAUCAUUAUUUGCUUUAAUGAACCGGUCGCAGAAUAUAAUGGUCCAAUGGGGUCCUCGAGAACGGGUGCCUAAAAGUAAUAGUAACAUCACAGUUUAAACUUCUUAAUACUUGGAAAGUACUCUCAAUUGCCGGCGGACGUUAAUGAGGUUCUACAGGAAAAGAAGGAAUUAUUUACAAUACAAAUACACGAUUUUAUAUCUAGAGGUCAUGAAAAAAUAGUAGAUUGAGAACAUUAGAUUUCUCCCAGACCGAAUACCAUCGUCCAUUAAAACAAAUAAUGAUAGAAAAUUGAUGAGCUGCUCAGAUCUUUUCAAAGAACCCAAGCAUCAUCCAUAUCCAGUAGUAGAAAAUUGGUAUAGAACUUGAUAGUAGAAUAUUGAAGAAAUUUGUGAAAUGGAAAUGGAAAAAUCUGAAUUUAAAAUGGAAAAUUCGGAAAUUAACUUGGCAAAAUUUAGCGUGGAAAUUUCUAAAAUUAGUUUGGAAAAUUCUGAAUCAGACUCGCGAAACCUAUAUACGAGACUAUUGAGAAUAAAUUUAUAAUUUGAUUAAUAAGUACCUAAGACGUCCACAAUGUGUUUAGUAGCCUUUCAGAGACAUGCAUUAGGGUUCAAACGUUUUAUCCGUAACAUAACACAAAAUAUAUAAGGAUUUCAACCUUUUCAUCAAAUCCUAGUCAUGAAUUGUAGUAUAUAAAUUGACCAGUUGGAACCAGAUUCCUUAUUUCUAAUAUCAAUUUUAUCUCGAGCGCGGUGAAAAUCAGUUUGACCAAAGUUCCCUUGGCUCUAAAAAAUAUUACACUAAUUUUACGAGUUGCCUAAAGGUGUGCAACUGAUCGAGUCCUUAUUCGCUAGAGCCAAGUUGGAAGCAGAGAUACAGCCGUGCCUGCUCACCCGUAUCUAGGUUAAUUCGUGUUGAAAUACAUUAUCGACAUCAUUUUCUCCAGUAACGGCAAAGCUACCAAAGUAACUGCCAAUAGUGAUUUCAAUCCCAAAGUCCGAUUUUACCCAGUAUUUUCAGAGUUCUUACCCCAUCCUGUCAUUAGUACCUUUUCUGUACCGUUGCAUGUGGUCGGCUUUCGCUUACACUACUCUAUUGUAGUCUACAAGAAAACUAAUUCGACCCAAUUAUCCAGAGAAUUUAUUUCAAUCCUUUUGAAGAACUUUCUCAGCAGGAUAUAGCAGAAUUCCAAAAAUGCCCUUUUCUGCGAUUGUUCUGAUGAGAUGAAAGGGUAUUCAAAUAUCAGUUUAUUUGGAUCGGCCAGGCCAAACAUUGGAAGUGCACGUUUAUUUUGGAAUUUCAAUUCCUUGUAUAUAUAUGUACAUCGAAAUUGAAAGUAAACGCACCAACUGAGAAAUGAGUAGAAAAUCCCCCUUUAAUUACGCAAGGUUGUGUGUUACGUUAAGUAGGUAGGUAGGUAUGCCACAAUCUCUUCUGACCAUGAUUGCCCUGGGAGGUGCAGGGGAGCAGAGUCCAGUCGGUUCAGAUCUUCAGAGCCAAACUGUAGCAUUCACGAAGGCUAACAGUUCCCCAACCCUGCAGCUGGAAAUCUCGCCAAAGAAUUAUUCACCUAUCGUUCGCAGGUUGGCUCUAGCUAGAGCUAGGUAAUCACAAAGAAAGUGCUUGAGGGUAUCUGCCUCCUCUCAACCACUUCGGCAAUGUUAGUUGUAGGGUAUGCUGACUCUAGUGGAAUGAUCCCCUUUAGGCGCAAUUUACUUGAAAACUUAGUAGCACAUCUAUAACUAAUAUUAACCCGGCUCAACACGUUGCUGCUUUUCGAAAACUCUAAACUCCCACAAACGUUCGAGGUGAGCUGCAACUUACUUGCAACUACUGUCACGAGAACCAAAAGGAGGGUGACUUUCAGCGUACACACCCAGCCUAUUCAACACGUCAAUCGGAGAGGAUUUUUACCAUGCUUGGCGGCUCAAUCAAUUCCGUCCCAAAUAUACAACUUUUCGGAACCAAUUGCAUUUUGAUUUGAUAGAAUGUAUAGAGACAGCGUUACUCCUCAUGCGGGCUUAUUUUCAGAGUCACUGCCAAUCGAAAUAAGUACCUUUUCUAGAUUAAAUAGAUAUGCUCCAGCCACUAGUCUAGGAAACAUAUUUGAAGUUAUUUGGCGUUGUUGCCGAUUCUCAAUAGAUUCCUGAUCUAUCUGUAGGUGAAGUUAAAAGACGACGGACAUAGCAAAAUUCUUAUACCUUUUCCGGUUGUUAAAUUUAAACUAAACAUUCAAAAAGGCUACAAAUACAUUAUUAAUAUUUGGUGCAGCCUGCAAAAUUCAUAAACUGCCGGGAAAAUCUCUUUCCCCCUGUCGUUGUUUAUCGCACCUCGUAAAACUUUCAUCACUCCUACUACACUUGUAAAAGCCCAUGUCUGGAGAUUCUUCGAUGCACGAGAUCACUUCUGUCUUUGAUCUAAGAUAGUAAAUCACAAACUGCUUCAAAAUGCACCUUGGGAGUUACAUUCAUAAUAAACUCCGUAUUUGCUGAAAAUUUUCUUACCUUUAAAGAUUGUGCAUGGUUAGAUAUCCAUGAUGCGAUUGAUUCUUGUCAAUUCAGAGUCGUAAAGAGAGUCCUUGAUAUGCAGGAAAACCGGGCCACAAACUUCAAAAGGCAGCGCUGAGUCAUUUUGAAGUGUCCCCGGCCUUCAGCCGAGAUGUUCACGUACCUACAGCCAGUACACGUUCUCAAUUAGUCUUUUUAUUUGAACUCCACUAUCGAUAAAUAUAAGUGAAAAGCGGUCAGGCCUAAACAGAGACCAUCGUCAUCGAUAUUUUUUCAUUUCUAGUGUUUUUCUUAAGUCUAAAUUUUAGUACGAAUUUGAAGCAAACAUUCGCGAUUAUUCUGCUUGUUGAUGGGAUUGAUUGAAAAUGGUACCUCAUUAGAACAGUCGGUAUUAAGCAGUUUGAAAUUUUACUGCUGAAUUUAAAGCUUGCUUUGGCAUACCCGGCAUAUACUUGUAUGUGAUAUUUUCAUCUUUACAGCCAUUUUUUGGACAUUUCGUUGAAUUAACUCCCAUUUUUCAGAUCCAUAUCAGGCGGUACUGCAUUUGGUUAGUCAACCUUUAUUAUAGCGUUUAGGAUCGCUGCCAUUACAACGUUUGACUUAUACAUCUAUAAUCAUAGUGGAGCUGCUAGUAUUUCAGUUUUACAUCCCUGCAGAUGUCAUCUUCUGUGUUGAUCCUUGUAUCUUUGAUGGUUUUAAUCUCAAUACUUUCAACCUAAAUUCGCAAGCUCUUAGUCUUCCAGUUGGUAGCUAUAGUCAAAUUUUCCUAAGCCGUAAAGUCACUAUUGUAGUUCAACAAUAGAGAGUUCCUUCGAGGUUUGCACUUUAUUUUUGCUAUUUAUUCUAAGUUUUAUAAAUUAUUUUAAUAUUUUAAAGUUGUUCACGGCUAAUAUUUGCCCCAAUGUACAAUGAUGGGGCUCCAAAUUUUAUUUUGUAAUUUAGUAUCUGAAGUAGAAUUAAAUGUACGGUCAAGUUUCUUGAAAAAGUUAAAUAAAUAAAAUAAAAACCAAAGCCACUUACUUAGAAAUAUAUAUCCCACGACCUUAACCUCUAAAAACAUAUCGACUUACACGAAAAAAUUGAAGUUCCAUUACAGAACAGAGAAAAUUCGAUCUAUUACAGAUAAACAAAAACAUUGACCAUUUGAGUUCUAUCCGUACGCAAAAAUGAGUUCAAUUUGAUUUAAGAAAAUUUUCAACAAAAUAAAAAGAUUACCCAAAUCAUAUCUAGCUAAAUGAAAUUUCUCAAUUGUAUAUCUAAAAUGACGAAAGAACCGCAUCUGUAUAAUAUCCCAAAUGUAUGUCAUGAAUUUAAAAGUAUCGAUAAGUGAAAGCCUAGUAAAAGAAUUUACCUAGAAAUAAACAAUGGAGCAGAUUUAGAGAAGAACAAUGUAAACUGAAUAACAAAAGUUAAUUUCUUGUGACUGACUAUGAAUUAUACUACAUAGGAAUACAAUCUAACAUUUAAUGAAAGUAAAUUUACAACUAAAAUCUAUUGUAAACCAAAAUGGAAGUGUUUAAGAAAUAUAAUUUUAUAAAGUUAAGAAUCAAACAACUUUCCUAUUUUAGAAUAUUGAAAUCAACUGAACAUGAAUGUGUAUAGGGAAUGGUAAAUAUGGACCAGUGUAGGGUGAAUUUCAUUAACCAUGAAAUCACCUUAUCAAUAUUCAUUCAUUUUAGCCGAAUAAAAAAAUGAGUCGCCAUCAAUAAGCGAAAUGUAGGCGAUUGGAACGAAUUUAAACUAUAAUAUUUUGACGUCAUAUUAAAUUCAAAUAUACAGAAGAUGCUAUUUUUUGAUGCUGGUCAUCUCAUUUUCCCCCCAACUUGUAGUCAAUAACACGCUAACGUUGCAGCGUAAAAUCUAUUGUUCAUUAAACGAACCAAUCAACCAAAAAGUCAUCAACUGUUCAGAAUUAAUUAUGCAAACAGAACUGACAGUAACGUCCAAACAUCCUCCAUAUAAUUUACUAACUGUCAGACAAUUGUAUAACAUCACAUCCUAAAUGUCCUUUUUGAAAUGGAUUAUUCUUCUAACUGCACUGAGAGUCCAUGGAGGACUUAAUAUAUCUAACUUUAUAAACUAACUUCUAUUGAGCACUUGAUGAAUGAAUUGGUUUUGCAUAAUACAUUAUUUCCUCCUUUAUCUCAAUUAAGCAAUUCCCAAGCCUCAAUUCCAUUUGAAUCCUUCGUUCAAAAGCUGACAACGAUAGUCCAACUUUAAGCAAAAUCAGAUGAAACAAUUAAAUAACUCCGGGUUGAAUCAACACUUCCUGGUCACAGGAGAUAUCAGCUGGGUAAAAGGGAUAUGAAAUUCAAGGAAAAUUCAUCCGAUCCUCAAUGCCAAUGCAUGUGUUUUCUACGAGCGUACAUACGAACAGAAUAAUAACCAAUUAUGCUCUUAUGAAGCAGAUUAUCUCAUGAAUGCAAAAGUUCAAUGGAGUUAAUCAUCAUCCGAUGCAACAAUUACGGACAUCAUGAUAGUAUAGAGCGUCCAAAAAUGAAUAUAGAGGAUAAAUACGAAUCCAAGUAAAUAAAUUUAAAAUAUGAAAUCAUUGAAACAAAAUCGAUAUUCGCGAUUAAAUAAAUAAUUAAAGCAAAAGAGGUAUUUUUACUUUUCGCUGGUGUUUAUACGCAUAUUUCAAGGACCACUUAUCCAGCACUGAAAAAGGUAACAAGUGGUCCUCGAAACAUCGGUAUCUGUAUAGCUAGUAACAAAAUACUAGCGGAAAGUGAAAAUAACUCCUUUGCUUCAUUAAUUUAUGGAAUUUCAAAACUUUGAACUCGGAUGUACAAAGAAUGAUAAAAUCAGUUUAGUUUAAUUAGAAAAAGGAAAUUAAUUAUAAAAUAAGUCAAAACGCGAAAAACCCAAAAUAAAUUCUCUCCAAAAAAAGUUCGAAUAUUUAAUGAUAAAAAUAGUACCAUCCGUUUUCGAGCACCGCGUCGCACUAUCCUUCAUUCCGAAAAAAUUUUGCAGACCUAUGAGCCACAUUCUUCUUCCCUCCUCUCCUCAGCGCUGAGCAACCCAGAAGUAAUUCGGCAUCAUCCUCGUCAGGUCCAUACUGUCACUGGAUUUUAAUAACAUAUAAACUGCAAGAUCUAGUUGAAGUUAAACCUUAAACCGGAACUUAAAAUUGAACGAUGUAAUUCCCAAUGUUAAUGAAAAUUUCAUUCCUCUUGCAGGGCUUUGUGAUGAGCACAACCACAAUCCACACAACACAAAUCCUUAAAAUGUUUUGUAAUUACAGUCAAUGCUAUCUUUGACAUUAGAAAAGGUCGGGUACAUCGUUGUAUGUGAUGUGCUACAAUAGUGAACCAAAUACAGAACGCUGCGGGGUACC